UUACAUUCCACUUGAACCCAUGGGUCCUUUUGGUUCGUCUCGACGAUACUACCCUACAAGCACAAUGUGAAUUGACUGCCCGAUAUGAUAAAAAAUCUCACCUGAUCAUAGUGACAGGGCUCUGGUAUUUGUCUUGACUCUUCUGACUUUGAUGUCCUCUUCCCCUUCAAUUCACAUACUCUAUCCAGUCCAGAGCCUCUAACCCUCCUGAACAAAACAUGGCACCUUCUCGAGUUUCGCCAGAGCCUACUCCCAGCGAGCCUCCUGCCGGCCUUACCCAAAAACAAAUCGCAUCCUUCUGGCGAGACGGAUACCUGAUCAUUCCAUCGUACUUGAGCAAAGGAACUUGCGAUAGCCUUCUGUCCAGGACCAGCCAACUCCUCCAUGAAUUCCCUCUCCAGGAUCAUCCCAUGACCCGCUUCAGCACGGGCACCGCGUCCGGCAACACUGCCUCAGCGAAGCAUGUCGGUGACGACUAUUUUCUGUCAUCUGGGGACAAAGUACGCUUCUUUUUUGAAGAAGAUGCCUUUGAUCCCGACACUGGCAAGCUGACCAAGCCCAAAGAGCGGGCAAUCAAUAAGAUCGGACACAACCUGCACGGGCUGGAACCUGAGUUUGGGCAAAUUUCACACCAAGGGGAGAUUGGGCGACGCAACGCAGCCAUUGCGCGAGAUCUGGGUUAUCGCGACCCACGAUUGCUGCAGAGCAUGGUGAUUUGCAAACAGCCAGAGAUUGGCGGUGCUGUCCCACCCCAUCAGGACUCGACCUUUUUAUACACGGACCGUCCAUCUGCAGUUGGGUUUUGGAUUGCCCUAGAGGAUGCCACGGUCGAGAAUGGCUGUCUAAGCUUUGCGCCAGGAAGCCACCGUAGGGCCCCCAUCAAGGAGAGGUUUGUCCGGGACAAGGAUGGAAACGGCACGACCUUUGAGCCAACACCUGAAGAUGCAAGAUGGCCGCGUGGGUUACAGGUGGAGGAUCCAGCAGAACCCCCGAAGCAGGAGGAGUACGCUCUGGGUGAGGUCACGGCGGGGACGCUGGUACUGAUCCAUGGAAAUAUCCUACACAAAUCCGAGAAGAAUCUCAGCCAAAAGGGGAGGAUCAUUUACACAUUUCACCUGAUUGAGGGCGAGGAACACUACGACGACAAGAACUGGUUACAAAUCCCUGGGGGACCAGCUCAAUUCACCAAGUUGGACGGCAAAUCAUAAGAGUCAUGUAGACCAUAUCAUCCACCGAGUCAACUUGGGAAGUGUGACUGCAAGAUAUGAUGAGAGUAGUUUCUUGACAUUCGGAUGUAAUCCACUACUAUAUUAUCACAAGUCAAUGACCAUUUCAUGUAUCUUCAUCUCAACCUUCUCAUCACAGACAGUUAUGCAAUCC